AUGUUUCCUCUAGCCGCUUCAAUCAUCCUCGGAGUAUCCCUUCUUCUUAUUGUAAUAUGGGGGAAAUGGCAGCCAACCAAUUCCACAUCAAAUCACCCAGGGACAUGUCGCUGUAUCAUUGCCGGCACGUUGGAGUCCACAGAACAUCAGCCGAAUAUCCUCUCGCCGCAUCAAGCGAAAGCAAUAGCGAAUAAACAUCUUCCCAUCGCCUUCGGAAUCGACAACGCCUUCACCCGCACAGACAGUAUCCACGCCAGUAUGUUCGUCGAGAAAGUCAAACCAUUGAUCAAUCUAUCGACGGAGCAGUGGCGCGACAUAUCCGAGUUUGCCAGAGUCACGAGUAGCCACUGGAUCGAGUAUGGCUUCCCCGGGAUGAAUGAUAGUUGCGGCAACAGCUGUCAUAAAGGGAAGCAGAAGGUCGACCACAAUCGAAUAAACAUUGCUAGUCUAGCACAAAUACUUUCAUUGAAAGUUGUACUAUACCUGAUGUUCGACAAAAAGACUCACGAUCAGACAGGCGAUGAGAGUCUACUGAGCCUAGCGCAGUCUAUAAAUCGAGUCUGGAUAUCCUCAAAGCUAAAAGCCACGGGGAAUGAUAUCCCCAGAUUUGAAGAUGAUGUAUUGCUCCAGACUUCGCUGGCCGAUAUCUUCGGGAAACACGGUCAUCCAGAGGAUAACCCACUGAAUCUCAUCCUGCCUUCAUUCGAGACGAUGUGGCGUGUCGUGCUACGAGCUUUCCUAGAGAUCAAAUUUGCCACUGGCAAAGAAGAAACAGGGUGGCAGGAAACAAUGAUUAAUUUUGCUUCUAAGCCAACGAAACUACAAUUCGACACAGACUCUGGAUCCCCACCCAGUCGCCCCUGCACAGACGAUGCUGAUACAUCUGGUGUUCAGAGCUCACCCAGUGCAAAGCACAUAGUCCGCGAAUCGCUCCGACUAUACGUGCCUACGAGACAUGUACACCGGGCAUAUCAGUGGGACCAGGUUUUGAGAACAUCUUAUGAAAUCAAGUCAGCUGAUAUCGAAGGAUGUCAUCUGAGAUCUGAUAUCUGGGGUUCUGAUGCAGAGCGAUUCAAUCCGAGUCGCUGGUCUGCUCUUACGCCAGCGCAGCGAGAUGCGUUUAUGCCUUUUGGCUGUCCGCCGUUUGAAUGUCCUGCCAAGCCGACUUUUGGGCCGAGGAUGAUUGGGGUAUUGGUUGGUUCUUUACUGGCAGCUUUGGAGGAUCAAGAUUUAUCAAGGAUUUGGACUUUGGAUUGUGAGGAUCGGAUAGCGCUGGAAAACUUUACGUCUGGGAAGAGGUUGUGUCCGCAUAGAAAUGCCUAUACGGAUUUGUAUCUAGUGCGGUCGGUCAAAUAG